AUGGACGUUGCCGCCGAGGCGCGUCCUGCGGCGCGGACCGAAUUCCGCCGGCAGACACGCCACCCCGUGUUCCACAGCGGGCGGUGGGCGGGCGAGGUGCGCGUGCCGGGCCUGCUCUGGCUCGACACCUUCGACGCCGCAAUGCUCGCCAACGCCGGACCGGGCGCGGGCGUCGGCUUCUCGGACUCGGCGUUGCUGCUCCCCCGUGCCGGCGUCGCACGCCAGCCAACCUCGCCGACGUGCGCCGCGCGGCGGCCGAGGCCGUGGAGGACUUGCAGCGCCGGGAGGCCCUCCUUGAGAGUUGAGAAUCGUGGAGGACGCGCAGUCGGCCACGGCACUGCCGACGGCGAGGCUUCCUCUGAUCCUCUCUCGCCACCGAGGACUCGCUGCUCGAGCUCGACGUGCUCAGUGACAUGA